AUGGAAGUAUGCUGCCAGCUGCCCGUGCUGCCCCUCGACAGGCCGGUGCCGCAGCACGUCCUCAGCCGCAGGGGGGCCAUCAGCUUCAGCUCCAGCUCCGCGCUCUUCGGCUGCCCCAACCCCCGGCAGCUCUCGCAGAGACGUGGAGCAAUUUCCUAUGACAGCUCUGAUCAGACUGCGUUGUACAUUCGUAUGCUAGGAGAUGUGCGAGUAAGAAGUCGGGCAGGAUUUGAAACAGAGAGAAGAGGUUCUCAUCCAUACAUUGAUUUCCGUAUUUUUCACUCAAAUUCUGAAAUUGAAGUGUCUGUGUCUGCAAGAAAUGUGAGAAGAUUGCUUAGUUUCCAGCGAUACCUGAGAUCUUCCCGUUUUUUCCGUGGUAUCACUGUUCCAAAUUCUUCAAACAUUUUAGAUGAUGAUUAUAAUGGACAAGCAAAGUGUAUGCUGGAGAAGGUUGGAAACUGGAAUUUUGAUAUUUUUCUUUUUGAUAGACUGACAAAUGGAAACAGUCUAGUCAGCUUAACCUUUCAUCUGUUUAAUCUUCAUGGACUAAUUGAACACUUCCAGUUAGAUACGAUGAAACUUCGUAGAUUUUUGGUUAUGGUUCAAGAAGAUUAUCACAGUCAAAAUCCUUAUCAUAAUGCAGUUCAUGCUGCUGAUGUGACUCAGGCCAUGCACUGUUAUUUACAAGAGCCUAAGCUUUCCCAAUCCUUAACUCCAUGGGAUGUUCUGCUCAGUUUAAUUGCAGCUGCCACACAUGAUUUGGAUCACCCAGGCGUUAAUCAACCUUUCCUAAUUAAAACAAACCAUUACUUAGCAACUUUGUAUAAGAAUACCUCAGUACUGGAGAACCAUCACUGGAGAUCAGCAGUGGGGUUGCUGAGAGAGUCUGGUUUAUUUGCACAUAUGUCAUUGGAAAACAGGCAGCUGAUGGAAAGCCAGAUAGGUGAUCUCAUUCUUGCCACAGACAUCAGUCAGCAAAAUGAGUAUCUGUCCAUGUUCCGAUCCCACUUGGAUAGAGGAGACCUAUGCUUAGAGGACGCAAACCAUCGUCACUUCAUUUUACAGAUGGCUUUGAAGUGUGCUGAUAUUUGUAACCCAUGUCGGACUUGGGAGCUGAGUAAGCAGUGGAGUGAAAAAGUAACAGAGGAGUUCUUCCAUCAAGGAGAUAUUGAAAAAAAAUAUCACUUGGGUGUGAGUCCACUUUGUGACCGACAGACAGAAACUAUUGCCAACAUCCAGAUUGGUUUUAUGACCUACUUAGUGGAGCCGCUAUUUGGGGAGUGGGCCCGGUUCUCGAACACCAGGCUGUCGCAGACGAUGCUUGGCCACCUGGGACUGAACAAGGCGAGCUGGAAGGGAGUGCAGAGAGAACAGUCUAGCAGUGGUGAUGACGUUGAUCCCGCUUUUGAGGAAAUGGACUCAGACAUAUUACCUCAGGAACCUCGAUUGUCCUGA